GCGCUGUUCGCAGCAGCGUCCCUUCAAUGUUGCUCAAUCAGUGACGUGGACUUUCAUUGAGAGGCAGUCAACGCUGACACAAACCCCGUUUCUGAGGUUCUUCUGUCAAGUUUUCUUCAGAAACACCAGUCAGGCCUCUCCCUGCUCGCAUUUCGACAGACGUACAUAAACGCGGCUUUGUUAUAUAUAUUCAGUAUCAGCAGGCUUCAGGAUGAGCAAAACCAGCAAAGCGUUGAAUCUGAAGGAUAAACUGAGUGGAAAUGAAAUGGACUUGAGCCUGUCUAACCUCUCUGAGGUUCCGGUCAAAGAGCUCGCCCAGCUUUCCAAAGCAACAGUGGUGGAUUUGUCUUGCAAUAACAUCAUCUGCCUUUCUCCAGAUUUCUGCACCUUGACCCACCUGGUGAAACUAGAUCUGAGUAAAAACCAGCUAACCUGUCUGCCGGAUGACUUUGGAAACCUGGUCAACCUUCAGCACCUGGACUUGUACAACAACAAGCUGACCGCCCUGCCUGUCAGUUUUUCCCAUCUCAGGAGUCUAAAGUGGUUGGAUCUGAAGGAUAACCCUCUAGAGCCCAAUUUGGCAAAGGUAGCAGGAGACUGUCUGGAUGAGAAGCAGUGCAAACAGUGUGCCUCCAAGGUUCUGCAGCACAUGAGAGCGAUUCAGGAAGAGGUCGACCACGCGCGAGAGAAGCGUCUUUUAAGAGAAAAAGAGCUGGAAAAGAAAAAAGAGGCGAAGCAGAGGGAACGGGAAGCCAGAGAGAGGGAGGCUCGAAAGCGGGAAAAAGCUGAGGAGAAAGAGCGGAGACGGCAGGAGUACCAGGCCCAGAUGGCAGCUUUGGCGGCAAAGGAGCAGCAAAAAAAGAAGAAUGAGGAGAAGAAGAAGAAAAAUGGACAGGCAGCAGCAGACAAAAAGGCGGCUGUGGAACCUGUGUCUAAACCACGGCGAUCUCUCAUCGGACUGAUGUUUAAGCUCCUCCUCCUCUUGAUGGUGGGUUUAGCCGGGGCUGUUGCCGCCUGCCGGCUGACCGACUUGCAGAAGGAAGCGGCCUGCGUGCCCAUCAACGUUGCCGUGGACGACGGCUUGGCCUGGGCCAAAGUGCAGGGAGGUGUGGUCCGACAGCUGGCGCUGAAUCUGUCCUCCGCUGCAAAGGAGCUUCUUGAAUCUGCAUCAAAAAGCUAAAUGCUCACGUCGGCUCACAUGCCGGCUCGCUUUCAGAGCUGCAGGAUUCUCACUCUAUCCUGUGAAUUCUGGAGUUUUCCUCUCUAACAUCUGGAAAUCACCUGGAGUUCUUACAAAAUGUCUGCACAUAUAGACGUUUGUGGAGGGAGAGAUGUGUGAAACCGUCCUAAAUUCCUAUGGAAUUGUCAUUCUUGUACCCUCUUUGUACUACAGUCUGUUUUUCUUUUUUUUAUAAUCAUCUUUACAGUCUUCCUGCAGCCGACUGUACCAAAGCUGCAGGAAACAUGGUGGGUGAAUGUCAAACAGCCCCGUUUGUGCUGCGCCGGACUCUUAAACUCUGGACUGUCUGAUGUGCAUCUACACAGGCUAGAUGUGACGGUCUGAGCAUGUGCAGUCGAGCACCUUUCUAUUCUCAGGAGUCGAAGCUUAAUGCAAAACAAGAGGCUGUUCCAAAGAUCGUCACGCAUGAGUCCAAACUCCCUCCUGACACGAUCGGUUCUCUCAUGAUCUUUAGAGUCAAAUCUCAAAGAAUACUUCCAUUUUUUUUGUCAGAUUUAUCUUUUAACUCAUUCUAUAAUUUAUUCAAGUGAUUCAGGUUUGAACCCACAGAAAUGAAAAAACUUCUUAAUCUGGAGAAGCUCAAAUCUAAACAUCUGUUUUGAUUUCAGAUUGAAAAAAAUAAUCCUAUUUUAUUAUUCUAAUCAGAUAAAUUUGGAAAAUACAAUAAUACUUAAACGACAUGCUGUUUAAAAUCUGGUCGACCUCUACUGUAAAAAUGUCAUUUAGAUGUUGAUUAAUAAUCUGCUUGUAAAGAAAAAUCAUUUUUUCUGCUUUUUAUUUAUUUCUGAACCGUCUGAGGAGGUAAGACUUUAAAUAUGAAAUUCUGCAUUUAAACUUUCACCAAUAAAGUGUUGAGCUUCAUGUCUGAA